AUGGCGCCCCCCGCGCUGCUCUGCGCGCUCUGCUGCGGGCUCUGGGCGGCGGCCGCCCGCGCCGGCUACUCCGAGGACGGCUGCAGCUGGAGGGGCAGCGGCCUGACCCAGGAGCCGGGCAGCGUGGGGCAGCUGGCCCUGGCCUGCGCGGAGGGCGAGGUCGAGUGGCUGUACCCCGCCGGGGCGCUGCGCCUCACCCUGGGCGGCCCCGACGCCAGCGCGCGGCCCCGCGUCGCCUGCCUGCGCCCCGCGCGGCCUUUCGCGGGCGCCCAGGUCUUCGCGGAGCGGGCGGGCGGCGCCCUGGAGCUGCUCCUGGCCGAGGGCGGGGGCCCGGCCCGGGGCCGCUGCGCGCACUGGGCCCCCGGCGAGCGCGGGGCCCUCUUCCUGCAGGCCACCCCGCACCCCGACAUCAGCCGCCGCGUGGCCUCCUUCCGCUUCGAGCUGCUCGCCGCGGGGCGGCCGGAGCUGCCUCUGCAAGUCCACGGUCUGGGCGCAGAUGGUGCCUGCAGGCCCUGCAGCGACGCCGAGCUCCUCCUGGCCGCCUGCACCAGCGACUUCGUGAUCCGAGGGGCCAUCGUCGGGGUGACCCACGACGCAGAGCUGCACGAGUCGCUCAUCACGGUGGCCGCUGCCCGUGUCCUCCGGCAGACGCCGCCCCUGCGCCUGGCUGGCGGCUCCGCGGUCCCCGUGCGGGUCUCCGUCCGCGCCCCCCUGCGCUGCGGAGUCCGCCCUGGCCCCGGCACCUUCCUCUUCACGGGCUGGCGCCGCUUCGGGGAGGCCUGGCUGGGCUGUGCGCCGCGCCUCCGGGAGUUCCGCCGUGCCUACGUGGCCGCCCUCGCCUCCCAGCGGCUGCCCUGCGAGGUGGCCCUGGACUGAGGGGCCCCGCUGGGGCGGCACCACCAAUAAGAAGUG